AUGUCAACAAUGCUAUCAUUUAAAAUAGAAAUUGGAAUUAGUUUUCCAGAUUUUUAUUCUUCAAUUCAAUUAACUGAAACUCAGACAUUUCUAAAUCAAAUACAAAGACAUUCUAUUCCAUCAAUUAUUAUAUCAAAUGAAUCAAACACAACACGUCUUUUAAAUGAUAUUUCAUCAUUUCAACAUAAAUUAAAAUCUUAUCAAUUUGCUAUUUCAUUAACAAAAACUGUUAAAAACAAAUGUCUUGGCAAUUGUGAUGAUAAAACACUUCUUCAACUCUCACAACAAACACAAAAAUUAAAACAAGAAAUCUCUUCAUUCCAUGGGUUAAUUGCUUUAGAUUAUCGUAGAUUUAAUAAAAAUCCAAUAAGUAUGAUUUUAGAUGAUGUGUUUGCACAUUACUAUGAAGUAACUGAUAAUGCAAUUGAUACAAUUUUGAAAACAGCAAAAGAUCAUCAAUCAUUAUCAGCAUCAUUUGAUGUUUCAGAAUUUGGAAAUUCAAUGUAUUUUCAAAAUUGUGGAUUUUUAGGGAAUAUAUUAAAUAAAGCAUUUAAACAAAACAUUACAGUAAAUUUUAUUGUUAAUAGAACUCAUUGGAUGAUAUCAGAAAAUUCUCAAUUAUUUGUACGAUUUCUAGAAAUGUUUAAAAUGUGUAUGGACUCAUUUGAAUUAAUUUAA